AUGCAAGUUGAAGUCAACCCCAACGAAGAUACAGAAUGGAACGAUAUUCUCCGCAAACACGGAGUUAUCCCGGAGAAGCCUCAGGACCCUGAACCUCUCAUUCAAGAGGCCCUUGUUGAGGCGGAGCGCAAAGCCUACGAGAACCGACUAGAAGAUAAAGAUUUGGACGAACUAGAUGAGCUCGAGGACGAAGAGGAUGAAGAGUUCCUUGAACAAUAUCGAAAGCAACGUCUUGCAGAGCUCUCUACGCUCCAGAAAACCAGUCUAUACAACCAAGUUUACCCUCUUCAGAAGGUCGACUAUGGAAGAGAGGUGACUGAGGCAUCCAAUAACGCCUUUGUACUUGUGCAUCUGUCCUCGUCUUCGAGUGGCAAUGUUGAGUCGCAGCGCUUGACGGAGCUAUGGCGGCAGUUGGCUACUAAGUUUGGCGACAUCAAGUUCUGCGAGAUUCGCGGCAAUAUGUGCAUUGAAGGGUAUCCGGAGAGAAACACACCAACAAUCCUAGUGUAUAAGGAUGGCGAGAUAAGAAGACAGCUCGUAACACUCAGGGAACUGAAGGGCCCUAGGACGAUGAUUGAAGUCUCGGUAUUAAUUUCUACCUCGAUAGAUCUCGAAAGGAUGCUCCUAGACUUAGGCGCCCUCAAGGAGAGUGAUGUGCGUUUGAAGAAGCGGUCUGACGACUCAGAUGACGUUCGUCCAUCGAAGAUAAAACAGUCCCGGGUAGACGAUGACGAUGACGACUGGGACUGA